UGAUGCACCCUGUGCAGAUUCGGUAUGAUUCGGUUCGGGAUGAUUCGGGAGAUGUCAGAUGAGAAAUGUCAGGUGUAAAGGUGAGGUGUAGUGGAAUAAACGUGUGAAAUAAAAGUGGUCUUUUUAUUACCUAGCACAAUUGGCGACGAAGGAAAAUCAAGGAAAAAGGUAAGCAGUACGGAAAUUAAGUGAGAAAAUGAAAAAGCACGUAUGAAAAAAAAAGAUACGAAAACUUUGUGCAACCAUGUGCGAAAAAGUGAGGUUAGGUUAUUCAACCAGCAUGAAAAAUUAAUUUUAGUGGUAUUUUUAAUGUAAAUUCUGACUCCUGACCCCCUAGAAGAGGAUCAGGAGUGAUAAUUAAUUGUGAAUUAGAGAAAUGAAUACAUGAAUAUAAAAAUUUUGACAAUUUUGUGCACCACGGAAAGUUUCCGGAAAGCUUGUAAGAUCACAAGCUGGGCAAACAGAAUGCACAAAAUUGGCAGGGUUCUGUGGGAAUGAACUAAAAUGAUACUGCCAGAAAGAGAGAAAGAUUAAAAAGGCAGGAUUCAUUAGAAAAAUGAAUGAAAAUGAGACUGCCAGAAGUUGAGAAAAUUUAGCAACAGGAUUCAGGAAAGAAUGAAUGGAAAUGAGACUGUUGGUAGAGAAAUUAAGCGAUAGGAUUCAUGAAAGAAUGAAUGAAAAUGAAACUAUCAAUACUAAGAAAAUGAAAAAAGAUUGGAAAUUAAGUGAUAGGAUUCAUGAAAGAAUGAAUGAAAUGAGACUAUCAAUAAAAUGAAUUGAAAGAAAAAGCAAUAAGUAGGGAAGAAAUUAAUGAUUUUCUUCUCUUCUUUUACAGAAAUUGACAAAGAAAAGAUCAUGGAUCAUGGGAAUCAAUACAAUGUACCGCCAUUCAAACGGUCAUUGUUGUCCCCAAAUGAGAAUCGGAAGAAUUGGGAGACGUUCAAGAGGGGAUUCCUCAGUGUUGCACUGGCAACAGCAGAGACAGAUAAGAAGAAACUAAAAGGGAUGCUGCUUGCGUAUGGUGGUCCAGACCUACGAGAGGUAUUCUACCAAAUCCCGGGUGCAGAUAUACCCGGAGAUGACGAUAAUGAUCCGUACAAAAUUGCGUUGAAAAAGCUGGAUGAGCAUUUUGCACCAAAGAGACACGAUUCCUAUGAGAGGCAAAUGUUUUGGUCUCUCAUGCCAGAACCAGAAGAAUCAUUGGAACAGGUGAUUCUGAGGGCAAUGCAUCAAGCCGAGAAGUGUGUCUUUGAAUCGGAGAAGUGCGACGCAAAAACCAGCGCAAAGAUAGACAAGAUCAUAAUGUUGUGUCCGGAAGAGUUGAAGCAGAAAAUCAUGGCUAAACCGAAUUAUGAUUUGGAUGUGUUGCUUCAGUAUAUACACGCAUACCAAGCAGCUAAAGCUCAAGCAAAGGAAAUGAGCAAACAGUCGAGUACGAUUGGUGAAGGUUCAGGCUCGAAUCUGGAGAAGAGUGACCUCAAUGCGGUACAAGAGAAGAAACAGAAGUAUGGAGGGAGACCGAAAGCUCAGGCAGGGCAUUUCAACACAAAAGAUGAAUGUUCUCGUUGUGGUAGAUCCGGGCACACGGCGAAAGAUCCAAAUUGCCCAGCCAUGGAGAAAACUUGUGCCAAAUGUAACAUCAAAGGGCAUUUUGCAAGGAAAUGUCGCACUCGACGAGCACAAAACCUCAAACGGUCAAAUGCAGAAGACGCAUCAACUCCCAAAUCGAAGAUUGCAAAAGUGAAUCAUGUGAGUGAAGAGAAUGAUUCAGAAGAGGAGGAUGGAAACGAUGGAUUUAUAUUCAAUGUGGGGGAUGGUGAUGAAUACAUCUGGUGCAAGGUUGGUGGCAUUUUGAUUGAGAUGCUAAUUGAUUCUGGUUCCACUCACAACAUUAUUGGAGAGAACACGUGGAAGUACUUGAAGAAGAGUGGGAUAUUUGCCCAGAAUAUGACGAAAUCUGUCACCAAACAGCUGAAGGCAUAUGCACAGUCGAGUCCCUUGGAAAUUCUGGGAUCGUUUGAAGCAGAAGUAGUGAUUCAGGAUGUUAAUGGGGAGUUAAAAAGCACGGCGACAUUUUAUGUUGUUAAAGGGGGAUCUCAGCCACUCUUGGGCAAGGCAACAGCCAAGGCCUUGGGAGUUUUGAUGUUGGGAUUGCCAAGUAAGCAACAUAGUGGUAUUUGCGCUGUGCAAGCUCAACAGGGAUCCAAACCAUUUCCCAAAAUCCGUGGAAUUAGUCUGAUGAUUCCCAUUGAUGAAGAUGUCACGCCAGUAAAUCAACAUGCAAGACGGCCACCCAUCGCUCUUCUCAGUAAAGUUGAGGAGAAGUUAGAUGAAUUGCUGAAGGCGGAUAUAAUUGAGCCAGUGGAGGGUCCCAGUGAUUGGGUGUCUCCUGUGGUGGUACUCCCCAAGGAUAAUGGUGACAUUCGAUUGUGCAUCGACAUGAGACAAGCCAACAAAGCUGUGAGGCGCGAGAACCACAUCAUGCCGACAUUUGAGGAUUUUUUGCCUCAAUUGACGAAGGCAAAAUUUUUCUCGAGGCUUGAUGUGAAGAAUGCAUUCCAUCAGAUAGAGUUGAAUCCUGCUUGCAGAAAGAUUACAACAUUCAUCACCCACAAGGGAAUGUUCAGGUAUGAAGAGUAAUAUUAAAUAAUGGACAAGAGAUUAAUAAAAAUUUGAGGAAUAUU